CUCUCUCACAUGUGCUCCCAUAUCUCCUGUGUAUUUCUGGGGGGGUAACGGGUGUAUGUGUGUGGGUGUGUGUGCGUGUUAUUUAAAAGACAAGAGGAGUGUGCGUUUGUGCCCUCGCAGAGGACUGAUAACUGACCAGGAUGCAUCAGCUGCCAGUGGUGACCUUAGUGCUGGUGGCGCUCUGCUCUCUGGGGAGCGUCGACUCCUCAGCCUAUGACAAGAUCGUCACCCACAGCCGCAUACGGGCCAGGAAUGAAGGACCCAAUGUGUGCGCUCUGCAGCAGGUCCUGGGCACCAAAAAGAAGUACUUCAGCACAUGCAGGAACUGGUACAAAGGCUCCAUCUGUGGCAAGAAGGCUGUGGUCAUAUAUGAAUGCUGUCCUGGGUACAUGAAGCUGGAGGGCAUGAGAGGAUGCCCUGCAGUGGCUCCUAUUGACCAUGUUUAUGGCACGCUGGGCCUUGUAAAGGCUACAACCACACAGCAAUACUCGGAUAUAUCCAAGCUGAGAGAGGAAAUCGAAGGCAAAGGUUCCUUCACCAUGUUUGCACCAAGCAAUGAUGCCUGGGAUCAGCUGGAGGAUCAUGUACGAGCUGCACUGGUGAGCAACGUGAACAUCGAGCUGUACAACGCUCUUCACUUCCACAUGGUGAACCGUCGUCUUUUGACCAAAGACCUGAAGAAUGGCAUGAGUCUUACUUCUAUGUACAAUGACCUGGGGCUCUACAUCAAUCACUAUUCAAAUGGGGUUGUGACGGUGAACUGUGCCAGGAUCAUCCAUGGUAACCAGGUGGCCACAAACGGUGUGGUGCAUGUGAUCGAUCGGGUGAUCAGCGCUGUGGGUAACACCAUCAAGGAUAUACUGGAUGUCAACGAGGACCUCUCCUCUUUCAGCGCUGCGGCAAUAGCUUCUGAAAUAAUGGACAAGCUGGACAAACCUGGCCAAUUUACUUUGUUCGCUCCAACUAAUGAAGCCUUUGACAAACUGAGCCCAGGCUAUCUGGAGCGUAUCAUGGGAGACAAGACUAUUAUUGCAGCCCUGGUGAACUAUCACCUCCUGAACAGCGUCCAGUGUGCAGAAGCCAUCAUGGCGGGAUCCGUGUAUGAGACUGCAGAGGGCAGCACCAUCGAGAUCGGCUGCGAUGGCGACACUCUGACUGUCAAUGGCAUCAAGAUGGUGCUGAAGAAAGACAUCGUGGCCUCCAAUGGCGUCAUCCACCUCAUAGACCAGGUGCUCAUCCCAAACUCAGCCAAGGAAGUGAUGGAGCUUAUGGGAGCGUCCCAGAGCACGUUCAGCGACAUGGUGUCUGAACUGGGCUUAUCUGCUGCUCUCGGUGCAAAGACAGAGUACACACUGCUUGCUCCUGUCAACGCUGCUUUCACUAAUGAGGUGAUGUCAACAGACCAGACCCUGCUGAGAGUCAUUCUGGAAAACCACAUCUUGAAGUUAAAAGUCACCCUCGGCGAGCUCUACAACGGACAGCUGCUGGAAACAAUUGCCGGCAAACUGCUCAGAGUCUUCAUUUACCGCACUGCUGUGUGCAUAGAAAAUGCAUGUAUGACACGUGGAGGUAAGGAGGGAAGCAAUGGGGCCCUCCAUGUCUUGAGGUCUCUCAUCAAACCGGCUGACAAAACACUCUACGAGCUCCUAAUUGCUGAUGGACGCUUCAAGAUUUUCCUGUCGCUGAUGGAGACAGCAGGUCUGGAUGAGCUACUGAAGCAAGAAGGCUCCUACACCAUCUUUGCACCAACUGACGAUGCCUUUGAUGGCCUCAGUAAAGAGGACUUUGCUCUGCUCAAAAGUGAUCUGAAUGCUUUGAGAACCAUUCUACUGUACCACAUCAGUAAUGGUGUCUUCAUCAAUGGAGGAUUAGAGGGAGGAGUUACCAACCUUCUGAAAACCUUCCAGGGCAACAACCUGCAAGUUCUAUCUGUAAACAACUCUAUCCAUGUAAAUUCUGUGGAUGUGCCAGACAGCGACCUGAUGGCAACAAAUGGAGUGAUCCAUGUGGUGAAGAAUGUUCUGUAUCCUGGGGACCUUCCUGUGGGCCGUCAGGACCUCCUGGUUCUCCUGAGGAAGCUGAUUAAGUACAUCCAGAUACAGUUUGUUUCUGGAUUUUCUUACGCUGAGAUCCCUCUCACCUUCCUCAAGAGGACCAUCACAACUACUCAUUAUAUUGAGGUCCCCGAUUCCACAAAGGUGAUCAGAGUCAUUGAAGGAGAGCCGACCAUCACCAAGGUAACGAGAGUCAUAGAGACAGAGCCAACAGUCACUAAAGUGGUGGUUGAGGGUGAGCCUGUGAUCACCAAGGUAACGAGAGUCAUCGAGGGAGACCCGUCCAUCACUAAAGUGACCCGAGUCAUCGAGGGGGAUCCUGCACUCACCAAAGUCACCCGAGUCAUUGAGGGGGAUCCUGCACUCACCACAGUGACCAGGGUCGUUGAGGGAGAUCCUUCACGCAGCAAAGUUACCAGAGUCAUUAAGGGAGGGUCUACCAUUACCAAAGUUACAAGAGUUAUUGAUGGUACAGAGGUUGAUGCCGAUGGAAAGAGGGUUACAGGUGGAGCCAGAUACACCACGGCGAACGAGCCUCAGAUCAUUGAGGGUCCGGACUUCUCCAAGAUCACCACCAUCCAUGGCAACCCAAGUCUGAUCGAUGAGGAAUCGGAGAGAAUUACCAAAAUCAUUCAAGAGGGAGGUCGAUUCGCUGCUGCAAGGAAAGCUCCAGCUGGAAUGAGGAGGAGAGCGAGGCUGGUCAGGCGUCACCACAAACCAAGGGAGUGAAUCCAGCAGAGAGAGAAAACCUUCGGGCUCACCGCAGAGACUGAAUGCUUCUCCGACGCUCCUGGUUGAGCGCUGGAUGAUUGAAAAACUGUGGACCAAUAGGGAGAGAGAGCAAAUAGGUCUAGCAAUUUCUUUUUCCAAACCACCCUUAAGAUUGUUUACUAUUCCAUCUGGACCAUACUGUGUGUGAUAGGCAUGAUGUGAAAUUAGAAUACCCUUUUUGUAAGUAAUGUAAGUGUGCAAGUAAAAUAUGAAUCUUUGGCAUGGGUUAAUUGUGGGCGAAAGGUGAGAUAUAUUCUACCACUGAGAGAUAUUUUUAAAGGUUUGCUUGUUUUUUAACCAGUCAAUUUGUAAACAGAUAGCUUGGGAAGACUUUUGUAUGCUUUUUAUGGUGCUCGCAUUCAGUACAAUGGAUGCGUUUUAAUGAAACAGUGUUUUGCCUCCAUUAGAUUUUGUACUGUACUUCUGUAAAUUAUCACAUGGUAAUUAAAAAAAACAAAAACUUUU